CAGGCUCACAUUUGCCCUGGAGUUUGGGGCUUUGAGUCCCCCAGAUGCAUGCUUCCCUUUGAAGGCCGGCUUCCACGCCAGGCAGGCUGAGUCAGUAACCUCAGCUAUUGACAUUAUCGCAAGAGGUCUGUACUUUAUCCGGAUGAAGACAGAAUAUUGCUAACACCUGUCCACCAACAGAAGGAGAAUCUUGCCCAGGAAAGGACAGCAAUUCCAGAGUGAAAGAAGACGGUGAGAGUGAAGAGAGUACCUGGAACUCAAGAGUAUCAAGAGUAGGAGGUGGUUAUACUCUCUACCCACAGCAAACAUGGCGGAAAAGGCUUCAUCCUGAUAUCUGGGCCACCAAUCAAGAUGGCCACAGCACUUCCUGUGUUUGCCCUUAACAAAGAUGGUGACAAUACUUCCUGUUCAGGGCUUUUGCCUUCAACAAAAAUGGUGCUUACGGUGCAGGUUCCCUGAUACUUUGGAUUCCGGUUGCCGUUUUUUUUUUUUUUUUUUUUUUUUUUCCCCUUAAGAUACGUGUUUGCAGACGGGGAGAUGGAGGCUAGAGACAAGCAAGUGCUUCGCUCCCUUCGCCUCGAGCUGGGUGCAGAGGUACUGGUGGAGGGACUGGUCCUCCAGUAUCUUUACCAGGAAGGGGUCUUGACGGAAAGCCAUGUUCAAGAAAUUAAAGCUCAAGCCACAGGCCUCCGGAAAACAAUGCUGCUGCUGGAUAUCCUACCUACCAGGGGUCCUAAAGCAUUCGAUGCCUUCCUAGAUUCCCUGCAGGAAUUCCCCUGGGUAAGGGAGAAACUGGAGAAGGCAAGAGAAGAAGCCAUGGUUGAGCUGCCUGCAGAUGACCGGAUGGCUGGAAUCCCACUGCACAUCCUCCACAGCUCCCCUUCUGACCAGCAGAUCAACCAGCUGGCCCAGAGGCUGGGCCCCGAGUGGGAGCCCGUGGUGCUGUCUCUGGGGCUGUCCCAGACCGACAUCUACCGCUGUAAGGCCAACCAUCCCCACAAUGUUCAGUCCCAGAUGGUGGAGGCCUUGGUUCGCUGGAGGCAGCGCUUCGGGAAGCAGGCCACCUUCCAGAGCCUGCACAGGGGUCUCCAGGCCGUGGACGUGGACCCCUCGGUGCUCCAGCACAUGUUGGAAUGAUGGCGCCCCGUCAACACCUGAGGAGUCCAUCCCCUAGUCUCGUGUGCCGAAUCCUGACUCUCACCCAGGGCAGGUAGAUUUGGGGGGGACUGGUUUGUUUCUUUGUGUUAGUGAUUCUUAGAUGAAAGGAGAUAAUGGGAUUUCCACUUGACAUUACUUGAAAGGCGGGAUUACUCAGUUGAUCUCCCAUGGUGAUUUGACAAUUCAUUGUUUCUAAUUGCUCGGAGAUUACAUUAUUUGAAUUGUGCAGGUUUUAAUUGUGUGGUUGCCUUUUACUAGACUGGUAAAUCCUAGUGGCUCAAAAAAAAAUACAGGUGUUCUACAUAUAAAACAUCCACUUUUAUGCUGCCUGGGAACUGAACUGUGGACUUAGCUAUUAAUCAUGAUGUUAAUAAUAAAAAUUGAAUUACUGUAUAUAAUGUGGCCCUCUCGUGAGAAAGUAUUGCUUGUG